AUGGGCGCUCGUAUCGCGAACUCAUCUCCAGGGUGGAACAAGGCCCUCUACUUUUCUGCAGAACAUCUCCACUUGCGGCUACAAUGCACCUACGACCACAAGGUAGCAUACCUUGCAUCCGUCAAAAAGGUCGCUGCUGUCUAUGCCUCUCCAAGUUCUCCCUUACGCGUUGACCUCACACGGCCGCCCACCGCACUCAACACUUUCACCUGGCGCUUGAGUGCUACCAGCACUCAGAAAUCCCACCGUCCUCGAGCUCCGGUCCCCUGCGGCUCCACUUCGGCCCCCAUCCUCGAGCAACCGGCAGCCGGUCUCCGAGCCCGCACCAUCACCCUUUCUAUCGACCGCAGAACCCCACAACCUUCCACUCCACAACACCAUUCCUCAACCUCACUCAUGAACAUCCUCCUUCCAGGACAUGAAGCUGGCAAAGCGCAGACAGGACUGGGUCCGACCCGUUCCUGCUCCAUCAUUCUCCGCCACAGCCAGAACGACAACGACGCGUAUGGCGACGAUGUCGCGCGCUUCGACUCCUGUACACCAGUCUUACUAUGGUGCGUCUUCGUUGGAAGAUAUCGUGUACGCAUCAUGAUGCAUGCUCCGGGAACAGCCAGAACGACAACGAUGCGUAUGAUGGUGCUGCCGGUGGGCACAUCAUCACAGACAAUGUCCAUGGCGCUCGAGUGCAGUUUUCAGAGAUGCCGUGUGCGCAUCAUGAUGUUCCGGAACGACAACGAUGCGUAUGACGAUGGCGGUACUGGUGCACCCGUUGUUGAAGCCGAUGUCUAUGGCACUCCAGUGCAAUUUUCGAGAAAUUGUGUGCACAAUAUAAUGCUCUCAUACAGCCAGAACGACAACGACGCGGAACCCUCUUCACGAGCUCCGGCAACUCGCACAAACCCGCCCACCGCUACAACUCGUGCACAUGGAAGUAGAGCAGAACCCUCGGUAAAGGAAGGCGGCGAAGGCACCGGCGACCUGCCCACCUCGCGCUGGAACAAGGAGGCGAGCCUCGUGAUCAAAAUGGUCAAGAUGCCUGACACGACCGGCAACGACAACCGUCCGAUCGAGCUGAUCCUGCUCGCGUGCCGGCCGUCGACUUGCAAACGCAUCAUCGAGCUGCUCGGUAGCGAGCUGCACAUGCUGAGCCUAAGCCUGUGCUCCAACAGCGCACUUAUCUCGCAGAAUCCUCCCUUCCUCCACUUUCUACAACAGCACCGAUACUUCCUCGCCCGCAUUCCAAAAUCGCUUUUCUCCUGA